AUGUCUUCAGUACAUACGACGAGUGCUGUUAGAUCAUCAUCAUCAUCAUCAUCAAUAGUAUCCGAUGCAACAUUAACACAAAAUGACCUUGCUAAUAAUUCGUCAAAUCUUCGGUAUGAAAAUCGUGAUCAUUUUCAAUCGAUAUUUACUAAUGAUUCUCGGUUUUUCGAUACGAGUCUUCAUCUAUAUAAAUCCUAUGCUGCACUAGGUUAUAUCCAAUCAAAUGCGCACGAUAAUAAAAACAUUCCUGUUCCUAUUUUAACAGCAGGUUCGCAUGGACGUAGACAUCGCAUGAAAGCACGAUUGUUAAAUUUAACUAAUAAUACGGAUACUUCAAAGGGAGCUAUCAAAGCUUUUUUGACACCCACAUUAUUGAGAAAAACUGAUAAUUCAGAUCGUCAUCAAUCUAAUUCAAUUGCUGCUCCCAAUGGUACAAAGGAUCAUUCUCAGAAAUCUUCAAUGCUCAUUCAAUAUCAACGGCCGUCGGUGUCGACUCAGAACAAUACUACAAUCGAGGAGCCUGACAUAAUCAUAACACGAUUAUGA